AUGGCCGUUUUGGAGAACAUGGCUGCUGCCAUGCAGACUACUGCUGAGAUGUUGGGACAACAAGCCGGGAAUAGGAACGGUGGAGGAGGCAAUGGAUUGAAUGGGGGAAACGGAGGGCCGAUGACCUUGGCUGGUAUGACAACCCUAAUGAGGCGGAUAAUUGGUUCUAAGGUAUGGAAAGAGCUUUGCAAGCUCAGCACGUGCCAGAGGGUCAGUACGUGGAGUUUACCACUUAUUGGCUGGAAGGAGAAACUCAGUUCUGGUGGCAAGAAUCUCGCCGUUUGUUACAGCAAGGUGAUGCUGUUAUUACUUGGGAUGCUUUUCAGGACUGAGUUUUACAAGAAGUACUUCUGGAACUUAGUAAGGGCGGCGAAGGAAUUGGAACUGAUGCAGUUGAAGGAAGGUUCUAUGACUAUGGCUGAAUAUACCAACAAGUUUGAGGAGUUGUGCCGAUUUUCCAAAGUUUGCCAAGGUGCUUCGGAGGGUUAUGAGGAGUGGAAAUGCAUUAAGUAUGAAGGUGAUCUUCGGAGUGAUAUCAUGAGUGCCAUGGUCCCUAUGGAAAUUUGA